AUGAAGGAGCGUGUGGAAUCCAAGAAUACCGAUGCUAGAAACAUCAAUGAUGUUCUAUACUAUGAGCUGUUGGUGAAUAUUUUUAUGGCCUUUAAUGUUGUAGAGCUUGCAACAGUAUCAAGCGUGUGUAAAACUUGGCGUGAAGUUCGUAGUGACCCUAAACUUUGGUAUAAGCUUGACCUUAGUGUACUCUGCUAUAAGCCAUUUAACGUACCCAGGAUGCUAGGAUCUUGGAGAGAUUCAAGUGAAAGACUGACUAAAAUUUUGAGGGGGAUCUUAACUCAAAGCGAAGUAGGACACAUUCGUUGUUUUGUGUUCAAUUAUUAUACUUACUUAAAGGAUGAACAUUUGCUCCUUGUUGCUGAAAGGACUCCAAAUCUAAAAAUGUUAGUUCUACCUGCCAUAUGUAAUUUAUCAAAAGAAGCAAUUGAACAUGCAAUUAGUUUAUGGGUAGGGCUUGAAUCCAUCACAAUUACCCGCAUGAUCAAUCAUAAGGACAUUUUUCUUGCAAUUGGCAAAUACUGCAAAGGAAUCACCAGUCUGAAAUUCACUACUGGCUUCAAAAUGGAUCAUGCUAGAGCCUUGAUCGAACACACCCCAAAUCUCAAGUUCUUGAACCUUCAAUCCAUAAUAGUAAGCUCUAGAGCAUUGUGCUGUGUGCUUGAGAACUUGAAGCAUUUGGAGAUUGUGAACCUCUGCCAUAGUCUCAUUAUAGACAAGCCUGACACAUCAAACCAGGUUAUUUUGUACACUUUUUGCCAAUCGCAACAUCAUCAGUGGCCGCUCCUCCACCGUUUGAGAAAGAUUCUGACUUGUCAAAGUAAUAACGGCUGUGCCAUAUGCAAGAAUAGGAUGGCGGGUCAUAACUAUCUGAUCAAGAAGGCAUUACAUGAAGCCUUUGAAUAA